GUGCUGGGGCCCGCCCGCGGGGCCGGCCGCCUGUCAGAGGGAGGUGGCGAUGGUGCGCCCGGUGGCGGUGGCGGCUGCGGCGGCUUCCCUGGUCCGAGUGCAGGGAGGAGAAGAUGACUGACCGACCGACUGAAUGACUGAAUGAAUGAAUGGCGGAGCCGAGCGCGCCAUGAGGAGCCUGCCGAGCCUGGGCGUCCUCGCCCUGUUGUGCUGGGCCGCCGCCGCCGCCGCCGCCGCCUCAGCUACCUCGGCGGGGAAUGUCACCGGUGGCGGCGGGGCCGCGGGGCAGGUGGACGCGUCUCCGGGCCCGGGGCUACGGGGCGAGCCCAGUCGCCCUUUCUCUAAGGCGACGACUCCCACGGCCCAGGCCCCGAGGACCGGAGCGCCGCGCACUACGGUCCACCAGCCUCUGGCGGCGUCCUCGUCAGCUCAGUCCCCGGAGACCACCCCUCCUCGGGCGACGGCCGGACCCGCCUCGACCACCUUCCAGGCGCCGCUCAGCCCCUCGCCGACUGCCCCUCCGGCGGCGGACCGUACUCCGACCGCCCCUCGCGCGACAACCCGACCCGCGCCGACCACCCUCUCGACGACCACUGGCCCGGCGCCGACCACCCCCGUUGCGACCACCCUCCCGGCGCCCACCACUCGGCUGAGCCCGACCCCCGAGCUCCCGGGCGGCAGCAGCGUCCCGCCCACCCCACCUGCCACCGAGGCCCCCUCCGCCCCUCCCCCAGAAUAUGCAUGUAACUGCUCUGUGGUGGGAAGCCUAGAUGUGAAUCGCUGCAACCAGACCACAGGGCAGUGUGAGUGUCUGCCACCUUAUCAAGGGCUCCACUGUGACACCUGCAGGGAGGGCUUUUACCCGAAUCACACUUCUGGGCUCUGUCUGCCAUGUGACUGUAGUCCACAGGGAGCCCUCAGCGCGCUCUGCAGCAGUUCUGGGAAAUGCCAGUGCAAAGUGGGUGUCACCGGCUCUACAUGUGAUCGAUGCCAAGAUGGAUAUUAUGACUUUAGUAAGAGUGGCUGCUUGCCCUGCCGAUGUAAUAAUCGGUCUGCCAGUUGUGAUGCCCUCACAGGUGCUUGUUUAAACUGCCAGGAAAAUAGCAAAGGGGAUCACUGUGAAGAAUGCAAAGAAGGUUUUUAUCUGAGUCCUGGCGCCACGAAAGAGUGUUUUCGCUGCCCUUGUUCAGCAGUGACAUCGACAGGCAGCUGUGUCCUAAAAUUGGGUAAAUUGGAACCUGAGUGUAUCCAGUGUAAAGAUGGUUACACAGGCCAGAACUGCAACAUGUGUGAAAAUGGCUACUACAAUUCUGACAGCAUCUGCACCCAGUGCCAGUGUCAUGGCCACGUGGACCCAAUGACAACUCCAAAGAUCUGUAAGCCCGAGAGCGGUGAAUGCAUCAACUGCCUCCAUAACACCACUGGGUUUUGGUGUGAGAACUGCCUCGAAGGCUAUGUCCAAGAUCUGGAGGGAAAUUGCAUCAAGAAAGAAGUUAUUGUUCCAACACCUGAAGGUUCUACCAUUUUGGUUUCCAAUGCCUCUUUGACCACAUCAGUGCCCACCCCUGUUAUAAAUAGUACAUUUACCCCCACAACCCUGCAGACUAUCUUUUCAGUAAGCUCUGCUGAAAACAGCACGUCAGCAUUAGCUGACGUCUCAUGGACCCAGUUUAACAUCAUCAUCUUGACAGUCAUCAUCAUUGUGGUGGUGCUGCUGAUGGGCUUUGUGGGGGCCGUCUAUAUGUACCGGGAGUACCAAAACCGGAAACUCAAUGCCCCCUUUUGGACCAUCGAGCUAAAAGAAGACAAUAUCAGUUUCAGCAGCUACCAUGACAGCAUUCCCAAUGCAGAUGUGUCAGGACUCUUGGAAGAUGAUGGUAAUGAAGUGGCUCCCAACGGGCAACUGACCCUGACGACUCCCAUACAUAACUACAAAGCCUAAGGAGCGAGAACCGUUGUCUGGAUGGUUAGAACACAGGGCUCACUAAGACUGCAUCAGCUCCUAGGCCAGACAAGGCCUGGGGAGAGUUUGCAAAUGCAUAGAGAGCAUCUGAAAUUUUCAGGUACAAAUUUGUAAUGCACUUAGCCCAUUACUCUUAAUUUCCCCCAUGAAGAUCUGAAGCAGUCACUGUCAAUAAGGACUUGUAGUAAAGUAUAUUUUUGUACCAAACUGCAUGGGAGUAGAGAAAGGCUGAAUCCCGCAGUGCAGCCCACAUCUACUUUGACCUCUGAAUGGACUCCCGGGGAAGUGUUCACUAAACCAGCGGAAACAGGAUGGAAGUGGAGAGGGAAGGACUGCCCGAAGACUUCAUCUCCAUUCCCGAGACACCUUUUUUAAAAAGGAAAGUCAGGGAUGAUAUUCCUUUUACUGUGCUAAAAGACAUCACCGAAGAAAGUUUAAUGUCUGGGCCAUGUCACAAUAAACAAUCUCAAUUGUUUCUAAAAUAAGGACAGAAGAGUCUCAAGAAGAUCUUUAGAAAGGCUGAUUUUUCCUUCCUAAAUUCUUGCUCGAUGACAGGAUCAAAGCACAGGAUAAACUUCUAAUGAUAGAAAGAUGAAGGCAACAUCUGGGAGCAGGAAGCUGAUGGUCCUCCUUAGGGCUCAGUGUAAAUGGUAAAUUGUCUAAAAAUAAGGACUCUUCCUGCCUCUAGAGAAAUAAGGUGUAUAUAGUUAAUGUAGCAUAUCUGGUCAACAUUGUAUUUGUAUCUAUUUGUAAAAAAAAAUCAUGUCAUAUUUUAUCAUCUAGAAUUUAUUUGUACAGCAGUUAAUGGUGUUGUAAAAAGAAAAUACGGGAUUGGUUAAAAUAGCAUAACAUAGAUGGCAAUAUUGCUAGAGCUGGGACUCUGGUGACCAUCAGUCAUUUUUAGUCCCUCUUUGGACACUGUUGAAAUUUAUAAGAGGUUGAAUGUUUCUAACUUUUCUUUCCCUUUCUCAGUCUCAAAGUAGAGUUAUAUGUUCUCUGACUUACUAUAGAUACAAGCAAUAGAUUUUUAAGUCAUUGAUAGUGAAGCUGGGACAGAGACUGCACUCUCCAAAGGACUCCCCCGAUUAAAUGUUAACCAGUCUGCAUAUUUUACAUAGAUUAAUGUAGAACAUAUCCUCAUGAAAAAAGAAAGUCUCUAAAUGUAAAAGAUAGUCUUCCAAAGGAAUUAGAAAUAUUUUAGUUCCAGAAGAAAAGCCAUCCUAUCACUUGGAAUCCCCUGUUUCCACGCCUGUGAAAUAUUUAUAUUCUUCCUCCAUCCUUCUCCAAAAAAUACCUUCUACAUUUGAAAGCUUAUCACCCAGAUGCCAGGUACACACCAGAUGAGGUGUGUACCAUGUUCCUACAGAGCUACAGUUCUGCUAUCUUCUUGUCCAGUUAGAGGGUAGUUCUGGAGGUGGGUGGGUACAGUUACAUCCUUGCUUUUAGACAUGGUUUUUCCCUAGAGGCCAUGUACUGUAGCUCUCAUCUGUUAUGAUACUGACUGUAGAUUAAGCAAGCCAGGACAAACAGCAAGAAGUCAAAGACGAUAUUUAUUAGGAACAUCAAACUGUCAAAUGGUUAGAAAAAAAGCAAAGAUUUAUUAGAUCAGACCUAGGAAAUCCAAGUUGACUGCCUUGCCCAACUCCCCCGGAGAAAAACCUGGAAUUUGGUCAUCCCUCAAUAGGACACCCCUAAGUUUUCUCAGGUUUUAGAGAUGAUGUUCUGGAGGAAGAACAGACAGAUAAUGGACUUCUGGUAACCCGGGGUGCUCUGAACAUUUGGCCAUUGCUCAUGAGAGUAGAGGUUAGUGACAUUACAUUGUAUUAAAAUCUGUGAAUGUUGAUAGAACCCUUAGCAGUUCACAAAGCACCUUUCUAUAUAUGUGUCCUCUGUUCCUCACCAUAGCCCCCUGAGGAAGUAAUUAUUGUCCCCAUUUUAUAGAUGAGGUUAAAUGUCUUGUUCAAGGCUAUACUGUAUGUCAUUAUCAGGCUUGGGAUCAGGCCUCCUAACUGAAGCACAUGUUCUCUUAAGUAUAUGCCAAUGCAGAAACCACCUAGCCACAGACAAAGAAGGCUGGGGGGAAGAGUCCUGUCUGUGACUGUUUCUAACUUCUGUGGUACAGUCCACGACCAUACAGCUGGGAAGGAUAUUGUGAAAAGGACACAGGAGGAUUACUAUCUGAAGCUAGUAUUGGUGAUAAGAAAACAGAACUACCAGUUUGUCCUUCAUUAAAGUGAACUAAUCCUCGCAAGCAACAGGGGGGAUAUGUGCUUUCCCCAGCAGCUGCCACCUAUGCACAUACAGACUGGGCACUGCACAAUUCCAAGAACUGUGUAAACUGACACACCUGCCUCUCUCCCAGAUUGCUGACCCCCACCCCCACAACAUGACGGAUUGGGGUGGUAAAGAAAAAACAUUUGUUAAGUAGAAGCUAACCCAAUAGAGAAAGCAUGAGUGUUUGUCAGGGUCUAAGCGCCAAAACCAAAUAGUCCAGAUUCUGGCCAUAUAGAGAUUUUUUUUUGGAAACAGACCUUAAGAGAUAUUGCAAACAUUGAAUCACAAGAAAUGUUAACCUCUAAGUACUUAUUAACAACUCCUAGGUCAUGUUCUUAAUUCUUUCCAGAAAAAAAAAUUAAGAUCUUAAAAUUUGUUUUAAACAAUAUUCUUUUUGCUGGGGGAAAUAAUUUUGCUGUAGAAUUUAAAUCAAUCAUGAAGUGAUCUACCAGCAAAAUCAGGCUAGGAAACUAGUAGGGAAUAUGCAUUACACAAUAUUCAUUCCUCUGAAAGCAGGAUCCCCAUGAACUAUGGCGUUCAGCACCGGGAUCCCACCUCUCCUUUAGAGAGAUAAUAUUGGAAGAAUUUUUAAAUAAGGAUGAGAGAUGUGUUUAUUUUCAAAUAAGGCGAGUGUGAAUCUUAUUGAUAAAUGACAGAUACUGCUAUUAGGUGAUAAUUAUAUCUUCAUUCAUUCAUUUUCAUAAACCUUGACUCAUUUCUAACAGAUGCCCUAGGUAGUAUUGUUAUAUCUAUGUCUAUCCUCUCUUCUUUUCCUCUCCUUCCCUGCACCGUGAAGCUCCCCGGUGUCUUUUAUCAAUGGAAUUUCUCCAGGUAUAGAGAAAAAUGCUAAUAAAAACUAAAGCUCACUUAUACAAGGUCCUAUGGAUUUGAUGUGUUUCAACUCUUAGGGGCAUCUGCAUUUGAAGAGAGAACAGAGCAGAUGUGGGUGGGAAGAGAGAGAUUGGGGCGGGGGGAGGAUUUGUCCAAGUGUCUGAUUACAUGGCUGCUCUCUAGCCCUAACAUCCCCCAGAAAAUUGGUCAGUAAAGCAAUACUCAGUUCCCCACUCGUUCAUUUCGGUCAGCCAGUGCCUUCCGGACAUUUAGCCCUUCUCGUGCUGUUUUGGAGGCAGAGAGCUAAAGCAAUACAUCUUCCUAAGAGCCUCAGUUGGGACAAGGUUAUUAGAUUAUUCACCUCGGUCCUCUGUUUUUUGUAGGACACACGGUGAACAUAACAGCACUGAUAAUGAACAUUCCCUAGUUCUUAUACUUUGAGGUGUGUGGGUAGGAGUUGAAUCUUUGCAUCAAGGAAAGCUCUCUGACAGAAAGUUCAGAGAAGAAAAAAGAGACCCAGUGUAACCUGUCAGAGCUAGGAAAACAUUUAUGGCCUCAUCUGCAAAGAACUUUUGGUCUGUUAUGAUCUUGGACAGUAUGGGGUUUGAGAACUAACAGGAGUUUGCUGUGUGCAGGGGAGUGACAGAAGGUUAGCGACAAUUUUCCUCUUUAAACUGAGCCAGUGACUAUGCUGAGGGAAAGGUAGGAAGAGCGCACUGGUUCAUCCGAAGAUGUCCAACAACGUCAAAUGGACUGAAGGUUACGGAUUGUUAAGGUGGCAGCGGUUGAAUGAUGCUUUUCCAAAGGCAGCUGGGAGUCUCUCUUACUUGUUCCUUCUGCAUAUGCAAUCACUGCAGCGCGGGGUGACCACGUGAGCCACGUUAGCCCAGAGCCCGUGAUCCGCAGCUGAGUUCUCAUGCUAGCCACACGCACUCUGUCCCGCAUUACAUGUCAGCCCGAGUGAUUAGGGAAUGUUUCUGAAACAUUUAACUCAUCUGUAUGUCACUAAAAUUCUAACACAAAUUAUAAAAACGUGUCUCCUACCUAUGCUGUACUAGGCUUCAUGAUGCAUUUCUAAAUUUGUGUAUGAUUUGAAUAUAUGAAAAGAAUUUAUACAAGAGUGUUAUUUAAAAUUAUUAAAAAAAUAAAUGUAUAUAAUUUGUACCUAUUGUA